AUGGAAUUCUCACUCUUUCCAAAGCUUCCGCACGAGAUUCAAUUGAUGGUUUGGGAGUGCCUGCUCAAACCCCGGAUUAUCCAUAUCACCGACCUGAUUUCAUACUUGAACGGUGACGACAAGAAGAGAUGUAACCCAAAGGGUGCUAAAACCGACGAAUUAAAGUUGUGUACUCCCUUCGCAUUGAACAAUUUCACUGCAGUCUCGCCUCUUUCGAUCUGUCACAGUUCCCGCCAGUUCUGUCUCUCUCGAGGGUACAAAAUCUUGCUUCUAAGUACACUUUCUAAAAAAACAAUGCUUAUUAUGUGGAAUCCCGAAAUCGAUUAUAUCGCCCUUCAAGGCCGCAUGGACCGUUUCCUCCUUCCCGAGAACUUGUCACGGUACCAUCCAGAAUUUGCUGCGGAAACUCGUAACCUCAUCUUGUACGUGACCGAAACCUUCUGGCAUGGGCUUUCCUGCAUGAGAACCGUUUUGUACGAAACAUGGACAAACCAGCCGAUGUCUGUGAAACAGACAAAUGCAAUAGAGCUAUUAACCCGCCACUUGAAAGGCCUGAAAAGUAUUUGUUUUACUGAAGAGCCUCCUGCUGAGUGGGCUCGUGGGUCAGACACUUUCCAGAGCGCUGGCUCGCAGCGCGGAAGAUACUGGAGGAUUUUCCGACCGCUCAUAAUUCCGAGUCAGGAUUCAACAAAUGCUGCCGGUGGCUCUUUUUCACCUGAGGUACGGUUCUCCCAAAAUGACGAUAGUACGCUACAAGGCAUAUACCAAGUUCUCGAUCGCAAGGGCAAGACACACGAUCUAUCAGAAGCGAUCGCGAAAUACCAGGUGCAUAACCAGGAGAAAAGGCAAAUAUUGGAGUAG